AAACUGUCAAAAUCCCGUGAUUGACGUUUUACCAUUGGACUAUCCAAUCGAUUUUUCCGUAUCACUUCUGCUUCAGAAAAACACAAGUUUUUCGUCUUGAUCUUCGCGGACGCUGUAAUCUGAAACAAUGGGCGUUGUACCAGUCAUCAUCUUUACCGCAUUAUGGGGCGUUGUUGGCAUCGUUUUGCCAUUCCUAGCUCCAAAAGGACCAAAUCGCGGAAUUGUCCAAUGCGUACUAAUGCUGACGGCAGCAACAUGCUGGCUCUUUUGGCUGUGCUGCUACAUGGCCCAAAUGAAUCCAUUGAUCGGUCCCAGAAUGCACGCAAAUACCAUUCUUAUCAUGGCUAGAGAAUGGGGCAAUCCUAUCGAUUUGGCUGGCUUUGAACCGCCCGCAGAACACUAAUGAUGUUCUUCGGCGAGAUGUUGUUAGGAAAUUGAAGGGAAAUGCAAUGCUGCACAGUGGGAUUUGUUGGAGGAAAAAGUUUAAAUAUUUACGAUGAGGGAGAGGAAUCCAGUAUUUGUAUGUGCGCAACGGAUACUGUGGCAUUGCAUCCGGAAACAAUUUUUGUUUUCUUAAUUUUCUAUUAGUUUUAUGUUUACUCUUGGAAUCGUCUAACUUGUUUGGUUUGAGAAAAAAAGUUUCGUUUUGUCCGUAUAGCGACACCCUGCGCUGUAUUUCUAUUAUUUUUAGUUCUUCUUCUUAUUGUUGUACAGUUCAGUCAUGCUAAGAUGUAUAUUUACCUCUGAAUAAAACGAUCUAUUUAAACUUGAAAA